AUGGCUGUUACACGCAGCCAAACCCGCCGGAGUAUCACGACCACUCACACGUUUCACGAACAAUUUCCGCUUCCAUCAGACGAAAAGAGUAUCAGAGUACUCUGCAUACAACCGGGUGUCAGAGGUACUACAAUUGAAGCUUCGUUGUCGAAGAUAGAUCUCAAUGAUCCAAAACGACCGCCAUAUACUGCUCUCUCGUAUACAUGGGGUGAUGCUGCGAUUGUCGACUAUGUCCACGUCAACGACGAGAAGAUAGGAGUUGGAGCAAACUUGUUUCACGCACUGCAGGAUAUCCGCUCUCCCGAUGAAUCGAUCGUUAUUUGGGUGGAUGCCAUUUGCAUCGAUCAAAUGGACAACAUCGAGAAGUCCCAUCAAGUAUCACACAUGGACUUGGUUUAUAAAUUGUGCGAACAAGUGUACAUCUGGCUUGGUUCUCCAGGCGACUCCGAUCUGGUGCGAAGCAACCCUUUCGCACUCGUGGAACAUUUCGCAGCCGACAAGCAUUUCUACGAACUACCGGGCUAUCAUAAAAAACAAGGCACUGAUACCUGGAAAUUGGACACCAACAACGCAGAUUUCAUUUCCAUUUGGAAAGGAUUUGGGCUUCUUGCUGAAAGUUCAUGGUGGCACAGGGCUUGGACGGUACAGGAGGUCAUUCUACCAAACCAAGCUGUCGUCAUAUAUGAAGCAUCACGUCGCGUAGCACGGGGCUUCAAGACAUUUUCCGAUGUCAGCUUUGCCUACAUCAAUCGACAAUGCUCCAACCCUCUAGACAAGAUAUACUGUCUCCUGGGACUAUCUGGCUCUUCCAAAAUCGAACUAUACCCCGAUUACACGAAGGAAGUGUCAGAGGUCUAUGUGGAGGCAUUUUGUAAGCUGCUAGAAGAGGCCGACAUGAGUCCCCGGUGCCUACUUGGCCAGGGAUUCAAUAGCGAAAGGUUCAACCUGCCUUCCUGGGUGCGUGACUUCUCUGCAGUCUUCGAUCCAAUAUCUCAGAUCAGGCGCGCCCAUGAAGAUUAUCAUCUCUUCAAAGCCUGUGGAGGUCUGUCUGAGAAGCUCGAAGUGAAGGACCGAAAGCGUUUACUGACACAUGGACUUCUCAUCGAUCGAGUAAAAGCCAUGGCCAUAGAAACAUAUAUCUGGGGGUCGCAUAAGCUUGCGGAAGCCCUUCAAAGCGGGCGACGCACUUGCGAUGAAAACGGAGUCCCAGUUAGAACUGAUGGAGCAGUUGAUGCUUUUGCCAGAGUUUUGUGUGGCGGCGUUAUCCACCGGGGACCUGGCCGCUCAGAACUGCUUGAGGAGAAUGACGUCGAUCUUCCCACUGAUAGCGAAUGGAGCGAGUUUUGGGCAACGGGCAAGGCAUAUAAAUCUUUACCCAGGCGAUACAGAACAGCCUGUGUAAAUGCAUUGGACCGGAGGAUAUUUUACGUGACAUCUUCAGGUCGUAUUGGUCUAUCAUUCCCAAAUACCAAGGUCGGAGACGAAGUCUGGGUAAUCCACGGUUCCAAUGUACCGUUCAUACUGCGGAGACAGUCUGAAUCACCAGUACAACACCGACUGGUAGGAGAAACAUACUUGCAAGCGUAG